AAGAGUCGCUCAAGCAGAGACUAACUGAGCUGAGACGCUCUGAUCUUCAUCAUGAAGCAUUCACAGACUUUCUGCUUCAAGUGGAACGCCUUGAUUCUGUGCUCUGUGAGUCUGAUGAUUAACGGCGCAGAUAAGCAGCACUAAAGCCAAUAAGAGAGCGACCGGCGUCAUGGAGGAGAACGAGGAAGUGCAGAGAGACUGGAAAUCACUGGAGCCGAGUCACGAGGUGAAGAUCUUCCUCACGGUGCUGUACAGCCUCAUCCUCGUCCUCGGCAUCCUGGGAAACAGCGUCACCAUCCACGUGUCUCAGCGGCUGCAGCGCAGCGGAUACCUGCAGAAGAGCGUGACGGAUCACAUGCUGAGUCUGGCCUGCUCUGACCUGCUGGUGCUGUUGAUCGGGAUGCCCGUGGAGCUCUACAGCGCCGUCUGGUUCCCCUUCUCGUCCUCGUCCGGCGACGCCGCCUGCAGGAUCUACAGCUUUCUGUUCGAGGCCUGCAGCUACGCCACAGUCCUCAACAUCGCCUCGCUGAGCUUCGAGCGCUACCUGGCCAUCUGCCACCCGUUCCGCUAUAAAGCGCUGUCGGGCCGGCGCUCCACGGCGCUGCUGCUGGGGGCCUGGAUCUGCUCGGUGCUCGUGGCUCUGCCGCUGCUCGUGGCCACAGGAACCGAGGGCUUGGCCCCCGAGGGCCAGCAGGGGCCCGCACAGAACCUGACCUUCUGCACUAAUCUGAGCCAGCACUGGGUCAUGUACCGCACCAGCAUCUUCACCGCGUUCGCGCUCUAUCUGCUCGUUCUGAGCGCUGUGGCCUUCAUGUGCAGAGCCAUGAUCGCUGUUCUGCGGGCCCCGAUGGGACCCAACGAGUCCGGAGCCAGCGGAGCUGCACACAGCGCUCCCAAACACGAGAGCGCCCGGCUGAAAGCGGCCCGCAAGCAGACCAUCCUCUUCCUCGUGCUGAUCGUCUGCGCUCUGCUCGUGUGCUGGAUGCCCAAUCAGAUCCGCAGGCUGAUGACGGCAGCGGUGCCCAAGUCGGCGUGGACCGUGAGUUACCUGCGCAGCUACGUGAAGCUUCAUCCGGUGGCCGACAGCUUCUUCUAUCUGAGCUCGGUACUGAACCCGCUGCUGUAUAACCUGUCCUCGCGGCAGUUCCGCUCGGCGUUCCUGCAGACGCUCCUGUGCCGUCUGUCGCUGCAGCACGCCAACAAAAGAGCGCUGGAGAGCAGCCUGGCCUCCAAGAGCUCCAGAAACACAUCACGGCCCCUACAGCGCCGAUCUCUGGGCCGCAUAUGGGCCGUCACCGCCGACAGAUCCAUCGAUUCAUCGUCAGCAGAGAGACAAAGCCCUCCGAACCCCACUGACCGACCGCUGACCUCUGAACCACAGCAGGACGAGAUCAGCCAACCUACUGCACUACCUGACCCUAACUGAUGGAUAAACUACUGGAGAACACUGCAGACCAUUGAAGACCACUGUAGACCACUGUAGAACACUGUAGACCACUGUAGAACACUGUAGACCACUGUAGACCACUGUAGAACACUUCAGAACACUGUAGAACACUUCAGACCACUUCAGACCACUGUAGAACACUUCAGACCACUGUAGAACACUGUAGAACACUUCAGACCACUUCAGACCACUGUAGAACACUUCAGACCACUGUAGAACACUGUAGAACACUUCAGACCACUGUAGACCACUGUAGACCACUGUAGAACACUGCAGACUAAUUAAAUCCUACACAUUAACUCGAGGGAAUCUGUGCUAAGUCUGUUUGACAUCACUGACAUUCACAGUAUUUUAAUAAAGGACUAUGGAGGAAAGAUGCUGAGCCUAACUAACCCGUGUUAACCAGCUAAACCGGUAAGUGCGGUGAGGUGAGAGCGCCCUCUG